CACUAUUUCGUAGCACUGGGCCUAAUUCAGGUGUUGAGGACACAUUUCGGCUGUGCUCUCAGAGGGAGCACUGACGGCGGCGUCAAAAAUUAAUACCACUCUUAAGGCAUUGAAAGAGAUGGCGAGUAAAACACAUAUCGUAUCCUCCAAGUUACCUUACAUGGUUUUAUGUGUGUCUGUGGUUUGUGUAUUACUGUGGACAACUAUGGUGAAGAAUUUUAAAUUAUAUAUUUAAAGUUGUUCUUUUAUCUUUUUAAUAGGAAAUUUGUACGUGAUAUAUUUGAUAUUUUUUAUAAUUAUUUGAUAUUUUAUAAUAUUAUGUUAUUUAGUGCCUAAUGACAUUUUCAUUAGACAUGUCACGAACAUUGGUGGAGUAUAAUGAAUUGAAUAUAAUAAGGGAGAAACAUGUCAUGGGGUGGUAAUUUCAGGCCUCAGGCUCCAGCAUAUUUUAAUGACUUCCCGCGACAAAGACAAGUUUUUGAUUACGGCCAUGUUGGUCAACAGAGUGCUGCGUUUCCGCGGCCGCGGCUGCCACCGCAGGUGUGGCAACAGCCACCGAAACAGUUUGGAAAUUAUGAGCAAUUUAGAGCGGAGGAAUACGAUGAUGAGGAUGAGGAUGACGACGACGAUGACGAUGAUGACGGGGAAAUGAUUCCUCUCCCAGAGGACUUGACACGAAAGUUUGGAAAGUUAACAUGCGAGUUGUGCCUCUGCACUUUACCCUCUGUGAAACAAGCCAACAUGCAUUACGAAGGCAAACAACAUGAGAAGAGGGUGAUGCGUUAUUUGGAAGAGUGGAGCAGCAAUACUAACAUGAAAAUUCCGAAAUAUUGGUUGAAUUUGGUCAGAAAGCGAAAGAGAAGCAGUAAAUUGCCAGAGGGGUGCGAUGAUACAUAUUGUGCCGUGUGUAAGUUAGUGUUAACCUCAUCUGUGGUUGCUGAGCAGCAUUAUUCUGGUCGAUCACAUAAUUCUGCACUGAAACUUUAUCAAAGGAAGGAUACUAGCAGUGGUGUUCAGUCAGCUCUUAAAUCACAAUUCAUGUGUAAAAUUUGCAAUGUGGUGACCUCGAGUCAGGGGCAUCUGGAAAACCACAUCAAGGGCAGCAAGCACAAGAAAGUUGUGCAGAGGCUGAAGGAAGCUGAAUAUCUUGAGAUGUAUGGUGACUACAAUGAGGAAAUGGAGGGAGACACUGUGGACUACACAGUCGUUGAAUUGCCAUCAGGGGAUGUACAGUACGAGUGUGUGUACUGUGCUUGGCGCGGCCAGCCAGAUAAUUUUGAGGAUCACAAGGAGAAAUUGAUCCACUUGGUUGCAGUGGAAGAGGAGUGCAAGCGUAAAGUAGACCAGGACGACAAUGAUGACAAUGAUACAGAAUACACGUAUGUCUUAGAUCUAUUUUGCAAGCUGUGUAAUGUUCAGUUAACCUCCAAGCAAGAGGUUGCAAAACACGUGAGAAGCCGCGACCAUGUUGAAGAGAUGAAUUUGCGGAAGAAGCAAAUUAUGCUAACCAUGGAAGAUCCGGAUAAUGUUACCUCUGAGGAGGAACACAAGUGUGACCUAUGCUUGAUGAAGUUUCCUUCCAAGUCAAUGUACGAUGCACACUUGCAGUGGAAACGCCACGUUAAGAAGGUAGCCAACAAAAAGCAAUCAGAGUGCAAACAAAGAUGUGAACUCUGCCAGAUGGAUUUCUUUUCUGUGGAAAUGUAUAAUGGCCAUCUGAAAACAAAGAGACAUAUCAACAGUGAAGAGUGGGUGAAAAAAAAUAAAGGUGAUACCAAUUUGAAAAUUUUAGUAGAUGCACAAGCUAAUAAAAGUAAUACUGAUGUUGCAGAAGGUAACACUGGUAAUGGUAAAGAUAAAACUGAUAAUUUGAAAAAUAUUGUAGUCGAGAAAGAAAAUAGUGACGAAAACCUUGCAACAGUGCAUGCUGGCUCAGAGGAUAAAAUACCUGGUGGCAAAACUCUCACUGACAAGGCUUCUGAAGACAAAACUGUUGACGAGAAGGCUUCAGAUGGUAAGACUAUUGAAGACAAGACUUCCGAUGACAAGACUUCUGAUAGCAAGACUUCUGAUAGCAAGGCUUCUGAUAGCAAGGCUUCUGAUAGCAAGGCUUCCGAUGGCAAGGCUUCCGAUGGCAAGACUUCAAGUGGCAAAGCUUAUGAUGGCAAAGCUUCUGCUAGCAAGACUUCUGAGGAUGAAAGUUUAGGUGGAAAGGCUUCAAAUGACAAAGCUUCUGCUAUCACGACUUCUGAAGACAAGUGUCCUGACGGCAAGGCUUUAAACGGCAAAGCUUCUGAUAGCAAGACUUCUGUUAAGCCUCGUGAGGAGAAGCCUCUUUAUGAAUGUGAGGUGUGUGAGAUAUCUGUCACUGGAAAAGUUCCCUAUGAACAGCAUUUGAUAAGUACACGGCAUAUUUUGCAGUGCAGUCUUAAACAAGCUACAGUAAGUGCUGAUGUGAUUAAACCCGAGAAACCCAACACUCCAAACAAUAAAGGCAACAUUCCAGUUGCAUCAUCAAAGAUACAUAGCAAAUCGUUAUACUGUAAGCUUUGCAAUGUUAGUGCUCUUACAAAAUAUCAGCAGGAAUUACAUUUUAACAGCAAGAAACACAAAGAGGCUGUUUCAAGACAAGAAGUUUUGAAAUAUGAGCCAAAGCUGAAAAUGUCUGUGAACCCUAAACCUAUCCCCACAUUGCCUCCAAAACCUAAACCUGUCACAUCUUCUGCACAUAGAAAACAAGAUUUUUAUGCCAGUAGUCAGCCAGGAAACUUUCAGCAUCAUAAUAGUUUAAAACAGUGUGGAAAUACUGCAGGCAGUGACACUUUUUAUAGAGAUAAGUUGCCUCCUUCUCAGCGGUCUUUCUUUACACUGUCUGAUGGAGAGAUGCAAAAUAUGCCAUCACAUGAUUCUGCUCCACCAUACAGACAACCUAUUUCUACAGCACAUUCUUUAGAAGUGCCAAGACCAUUCGGGAUUGGUUCUGAUGUACAUCAGUCUGCUACAUCUAGCUUGUAUUCCUCACGUGCUCCCAAUACAGAACAUCAGAAUUUUGCCCCACCUGUCUCACAAGCACAUUAUUUUGCCCCACCUGCAGUCGCACAAGCGCACUAUUUGGCACCACCUACUGUCAUGCAGAAGCAGUACAUGGCCUCAUCUCCUGUUUCACAGGCACAGUACGUGGCACCACCUUCCAUGACACAGGCACAGUACGUGGCACCACCUUCCAUGUCACAGGCACAGUACGUGACACCACCUUCCAUGUCACAGGCACAGUACGUGGCACCAUCUUCCACGUCACAGGCACAGUACUUGCUACCGCCUUCCACAUCACAGGCACAGUACUUGGCACGGCCUUCCAUGUCACAGGCACAGUACGUGGCACCGUCUUCCACGUCACAGGCACAGUACUUGGCACCGCCUUCCACAUCACAGGCACAGUAUGUGGCACCGCCUUCCACGUCACAGGCACAGUAUGUGGCACCAUCUUCCACGUCACAGGCACAGUACGAAGCCCCACGUCCUGGCACACAGGCACAGUAUAUUGAAUCAGCUGCAUCAUCCCACGUUACAGCAGCGCCACCUACUCAAAAGCCCCAAGUUGGAUGGCAUGCGGCAGCUACAAAUCAUUCAUCAGAUCCUCCUCCUAUCAGAAGGUCCAGAUAUUUGUGCAAAGAUUGCAGCACUUCCUUUAUUUCGAAAGUCGAUUAUGAAGACCAUUUGAUCAUUUGUAAGAAGAAAGAAAAACCUGAAGCUUUGCCCAGAAAGUCUUCGCAACUGAACUUACAGGAUGAUCAUUAUUGUUGUGAGGCUUGUGAUGUGGAAUUUACCGCUUAUCGUUCAUUUUUAGAACAUAAGGCUAGUGCAGGUCACGAAGCAAACAUUGAAUAUUUACGUGCGUUUGGCAGGAGGUUGAGGCCUGCUAAUAAGGGGGAAAGAAGAGCUUCUCCUGAGGAGCAUCAGUCGACAAAUGAGCACAAGGAGAAAGGAUUUCACAAUAGUAAAUCUUAUGAUUGCAAAAUAUGUGAUAUUACAGUUUUUUCUGAGCAGGCUUUCAACAGGCACUUAAACAGCACUGAUCACAUGCGCAAGCCAGUAACAUUCAAGCGUGAAAUCAUAACCUUCAAGCAAGAGAUUCUGACCUCUCCAAGCUCUGAUCGUAAAUUAAGAGCUGAACGCGAACUGAAGCGUCCACAUGACCGAAGCCCACACGAUCCAAGGAAUGCACGUGAUUCACAGGCACAGAGAAAUAUAGCAGAUGAAUACAGCAAGCAUUCCAGCAGUGCGAAGCGUUUUGGAAGCCCGAUUUCGUCAGAUAGUGAUUCAGACGGUAUGGACUUGCUUCGAGUGAAGAGGAAUAGAGCACCAUACGAAUGUACUGUAUGUGAUGAGACCUAUUCUUCUGAAUUUGAUUACAAGAACCAUUUGCAGAGCAAGAAACAUAAGAAGAGAAUGUGCCUAUAUGAAUGCAGUGACUGCUCCGGAGUUUUCUCCUCCAAGUACGACUUGUCAAAUCACAUGUGCGAUCUCGGCCUAGGGAACAAUCGCAGUAUAGAAGAAGCUGGUAGUAGCCGGUGGCUGCAGAAUUGGAGUGCAAAGGAGGAAGGUGGACGUUAUAAGGAUGAUAGGCAAAGAUAUGCAUAUUCUGGGCAUAAUUCCAGUGACGAGGAGGACAUUGCAUUCCCAGACUUGGAUGAAGAUUUUGAUACAGGCAGGAAUUUGUUUACGUCAAAGAAGCGAUCAGAAGGUUCUUUGCUGUCCACAUUUUCUUUUAAAAAAGAGACAUAUGAAAUAAUGUCAAAUUCUCGGGGUCGGCCGAGCUUCAAUUAUUGAUAACUAUUUCCAAGCCCUUUUUUUUUUUUUUUGAAAACUCUAUAGUAGUGUUACCUUACUACUGUAGUUAUUUAUUUUUUCAAAAACGUAUAUUUCACUGAUAAUCAUAACACUACUGUAGUUAUUUAUUUUUUCAAAAACGUAUAUUUCACUGAUAAUCAUAUAUUAUAAUUAUGUAUUUUUUAAAAUUGAAUUACAUCGGAUUGAAUGUACACUGAGACAGCAUUUCUGAAGUUGAUUUUAUGAGUAAAAUUUAAAGUAAUUUGAAAAUACCUAUUACAAAAAUAAAAUAAAAGGUUGAUGUUUUACUACAGUUUGGACAGAUACAGAUUUUGGCAGUGUACCUAUUGUUUACUGUAGUAAAAUACAGAAACUUCCUGAUUUACAAAAAGGUGUUACAUUGUCAGAUUUUCUGUAAAUGUAGUUAGUACUUUAUGUACUUAAACCUAACACCAUACAAAAGAACUUUAGUGUUGUGUUCUAGUACUGUCUACAUUUAGUUAUGUAUAUUAAAUAAAAAAUUCAAUAUGUAUGUGUAGUGUUCACAUGUGUAAAUAAUAUCACUUAAUUUUUUAAAAAUUAAUUAUAAAUAAAACCAUACUUACAAUAAUGAGUAAGAAAACACGUUGAAGGAAAUAAACAACUUGUUACAGUGUACAUACUGGUAAUGUUGCGGUGUGAUUUGACACGAGGUUGCCCAGAAUUUCCUUGCAAAAUAAUUCAUAGUAAAACUUUUAGUUUUAAAGUUCUGAUUCAGAAAGUACGUUCUUUCAAGCAUGCUACUUGAGAUGGCAGCCAAGAGUUUUUUUGCUCAUUACUCUUUGUCGUUCAUGCUUCAGUGUAGGCUGUACUAUACACCGGUCUCAGCCGGUAUUUGAUGUGGAAGUUUUGUUAAACAUGGUUUUGGGGAGAUAGGGAGACAAUGCACUUAUCUGCGCAUGUGCAAUCCUCUGCUUUCUCCAUGCAGUUGAGAUCCAUAGUGUGUUAGUGUCGGAGGAGUCGCACCAAGGACCUUGAAAAAGGCAAGAUGUUCUUACACUUCUGCCUCACAGAGCUGCCUCUCUAACCAUCCUAGUUUGGAGUGUUUUAUCUGCCACUUUUAAGGUUUCAAUGUUCUUGGCAACUGGCAACAAGAUAGUUCUGUAACAGGGUUUGAAUUUCUCAAUGUGAUAUCAUUUAUUGGAAAACAGUGACAACUUUUACCUAAAACAAAGUUGUUAAAUGGUGUUAUUACUUAUAAUAAAAUUGUGUCUGUUUGCUGCAUUUUGAAAGUAUAUUUUUGAAGCUAUAAUGUACCAGGAUACUGUGACAAGUUACUGUAGAUGAUUUAAUAAUUUAUUGAGAACUAUAACUAGCUAAUUAGGUACUUAGAAUGUAACUAAUAUUAUUAUAUGCAAUUUGGUCAUGUUUAUAUUAAUUAAAAGUAAGCUUGUGUGAUUCAAA